AGUGAUUUUUCUAACUUUAAUACACUACAGUUAAGGUUAUAUACCUAAUUUCUAGUAAGUGGCCCAGCCCUCCUAUAUUUUUUAUGUAUGUGGCCCUCAGUGAAAAAAGUUUGGACACCCUGGUUUAAUUUAUUAAGUAAGGGGUUCAAAAAUAACCUCGAACUGUUCCUUUAACUCAUGAUGUCGCAGAAACCAGAGCGAGCAGAGGACGGGACGCUUGGUGAGGUUUAGGGUUUUGUUAAGCUUGUGGGUACAACAGCAGGAGGAGGAGGGACACGGGUGUGUGACUAAGUUUAUUCAGCCGGAUCCGGAUUAUUUUUCUUUUCUUUGCGAGCGUGUUUCCCUCUUUGCUGAAACCAUGAUGUGGUCCUUCUUCUUCUUUGGUUUAUUCAUCGCGUGUACAGGAAACCCUGCAAGUUCCUCCUGUUCAUUAAAAAUGAGUCCCUCUAGAGUUGUGGUGGAAUUUGGAGGCUCCUUUUCAGCCAACUGCACCUCACUAUCUAACGAUACCGAAGGAAUGGGCUGGGAGUCUCCAUAUGGAGGAGUGGACCUUACCCAGGAUGUCACUUCUCUUCCCUUUAAAAUUCACUCUGUGCCAGAGUGGGAGAUAGGACCAAUAUGUUAUACGAAUUCCCGUGAUGGUGGUCAGUGUACAGAAGUGUUACCAGUCACUGUUUAUAAAAUGCCAGACAGUGUGUCAUUGAGACAGAAUUCAACUACAGUGAAAGAAGGUGAACAGUUUGCCAUACAUUGUGACAUUGUUAAUGUUGCACCAGCAAGAAAUCUCUCUGUGCUUUGGCACAAAGGAAAUAAGAUCUUAAAUUCUGAGACAUUUGAUGACUCCAGACCAUCUCCAGUCAGUAAGUCAUCUGUCCUCACUCUGACUGCUCAUGGAGGUGAUGAUGGAGCUGAGAUCUGGUGUGAAGCAAAACUAAACCUGUGGCCAGGAGAACAAGGUCCAACCAUGAUGCGCUCAAAGUCACAUAGAGUGACUGUACUCUGGGCUCGAACAACCUUUGGAGUCAUGCUGGCAGUAGGUGUGGCCGUUGGAGUUUUGCUCCUCAUUGCUGGUGCAUUUUUUGUGACACCCAAUGGCACAUUCUCUUUCAACAAAAGCCGCUAUCAACCAGGAACUCCCUCAGGAUGAGUAUAAGAAAAUCCUGAAGGAGAAUAUGCAGCCCUGAACCUCAAGCAUGAUUGGAUUGUGCAGCAGAUCCAGAACAGACCAGCAUGUCCACCUCUGAAUGGCUACAGAAAAAAAAAUUAAUAAAUUAAGGCACCGUUAAACUCACAGGAAAUGCAAAGCAUUUAUAAACUGCCUUUCCUUAUCACCUGUCCUGACAGCAGUGCACACCGCAGUUUUCUUAUUUAACUUCACUCUUCCAUAUGUGCCAUAUUCAAUGUCUGUAUGAAAUGUAUAUUCAGUUUAAUAUUUGAUGUAAAUCCAAAACUUUAUGUUUAUUUAUGAGAAAAAGUAAAGCCUGAAUAACUUAGUGUUGAAAAUAAACCGCACACUGAUGUGUUAAUAAUCCGAAUUAUUGAAGAAUUAUUGAAGGGUUAAUGGAGUUCAAGUUCUUCGUGUGAAGGCUGAGGAGAACUUUAUUACAUAUUUGUAUUUGUUUGUAUGUGCUGUAAAUAUUUGUCACUUAGGCAAAAGUGUAUUUUCUUAUUAAACAUCUUAUUGCUAUUAAUGUAAUGUAAACAGCAGUUAUUAAUGUAAUAAAGGAACAUAAAAUAUACAAGGUUUUAAACCUCUUUGCCAGUAAUUCAGAAUAGCUGUUUUCUUUGGUUGUUGUCAUGAGCAAAAUUAAAAUCGAAAGGAAAAUUGUAGGCCUAGAUACAAACUCAGUAACCUAGCAUACAAGCAUACCAUUGUAUUUAAAUCACUAGGAGCACAAUAUAGUUUUGUCUCAGCCUGCUGCACAGACACAAGGUAUAUAUGGAAAAACUCUGCUCUGUCCUGCACACAGAUUUGAUAUCUCUAUAAAAGGCAUAAACUAUUUGCUUAUUUUGGGAACAUUUGGUGCACAUGAAACAAACGGCACCUGAAUUCGCAGUGUUUUGUUGGAGUCUGUCCUCGGGAGGGUGCUGUGGGAGAAUCCAAUUGGUUUUCAGGUAUGGACGCCUUCAAGUGCAGUCGGGAAUAUUGCUAUUAUAGACAUUUCUACCCAGUAUGAAAAGACGAAGCUCCAAGCCUUGCGACUUGGUUGUAUAAAAACUGCAUACAAAGUUAUCAUUUACAUGCUUUAAAAUUGAUGAUUGAAUGCUCAGUUUUUUGUUUUUUUUUUUAAUUGAGUAAUUAGCUGAAACUAAAGGUUGAGCCGAGGUUAAAUGAAACUAGUUGCUAUUCAGCAAACGUUUGAAGGUUUUAUUCAAAAUUAAAUUAAAGUUUAAUUUAUUAAGUAAGGGGUUCAAAAAUAACCUCGAACUGUUCCUUUUAACUCACGAUGUCGCAGAAACCAGAGCGAACAGAGGACGGGACGCUUGGUGAGGUAAUCGUGUGACUCUCGGAUACUGCCUGAGCACUUUUGGUUUCGGAUUUUUUUUUUUUUUUUUUUUUUUUUCCUUACAGGUUUAGGGUUUGGUCACAGCAGCAGGAGGAGGAGGGACACGGGUGUGUGACUAAGUUUAUUCAGCCGGAUCUAAUUUAUUUUUCUUUUCUUUGCGAGCGUGUUUCCCUCCUUGCUGAAACCAUGGUGUGGUCCUUCUUCUUCUUCGGUUUAUUAAUCGCGUGUACAGGAAACCCUGCAAGUGCCUCCUGUCCAUUACAAAUGAGUCCCUCUAGAGUUGUGGUGAGAUUUGGAGACUCCUUAUCAGCCAAGUGCACUUCACUAUCUAACCAGACUGAAGGAAUGGGCUGGGAGUCUCCAUAUGGAGGAGUGGACCUUACCCAGAAUGUCACUUCUCUUGACUUUAAAAUUGACUCUGUGCCAGAGUGGGAGUUGGGGCCAAUGUGUUAUGUGAAUUCCCGUGAUGGUGGUCAGUGUACAGAACUGUUACCAGUCACUGUUUAUAAAAUGCCAGACAGUGUGUCAUUGAGACAGAAUUCAAGUACAGGGAAAGAAGGCCAACAGUUUGCCAUACAGUGUGACAUUGUUAAUGUUGCACCAGCAAGAAAUCUCUCUGUGCUUUGGCACAAAGGAAAUAAGAUCUUAAAUCCUGAGACAUUUGAUGACUCCAGUCCAUCUCCAGUCAGUAAGUCAUCUGUCCUCACUCUGACUGCUCACAGAGAUGAUGAUGGAGCUGAGAUCUGGUGUGAAGCAAAACUAAACCUGUGGCCAGGAGAACAAGGUCCAACCAUGAUGCGCUCAAAGUCACAUAGAGUGACUGUACUCUACCCACCAACCCUCACCAAGCCUGGAAAUGAGACUCUGGAAAUGACAGUUGGUGAAAAUAUAACUUUAAAUUGCAACGCUAAAGGAAACCCUCCACCAUCAUACCGCUGGGAAUUCCCAAAAUUCUCAAAAGAAUUUCACAACAAAGAAGUAGUGAUUGAGCCAAUUUUGACCCGAACAUUUGAGCUUCCAGGGGUCUAUACCUGCACAGCCUAUAGUAACCAAGGCACUGUGACCAAAUAUUUCAACAUCAGCGAAGCUCCAAGGUCUCGAACAACCUUUGGAGUCAUGGUGGGAGUAGGUGUGGCCGUCGGAGUUUUGCUCCUCAUUGCUGGUGUAUAUUUUGUGACACCUAAUGGCACAUUCUCUUUCAACAAAGGCGGCUAUCAACCAGGAACUCCCUCAGGACCAGUAUAAGACAGACUUUUUUUUUUAAUUCAGAUUUGCAUGGAUAUUAUUUUUAUUUGUGUUAAUGAUUUUAUUUGGUGCUUGGACCCAAAAUUCUGUAACAUGUCUGUUGAUGGCCGAGGGACAUGUCUGCUCUGCCUGCUCCGUGGGUGUUCUUCUGCUCAAAGCUGUAGCUUUAAAAAUGCAUUAUCUUGUCAGCUAUCUCUAAAGCUGCACUAAUCAAUGCUGCCUUAACAAACAUAUAUAAUACAGGAAAUGUGUUUAAAUGCACCGCAGUAACCUUUAUAAGUCUGUGUAAAAAAAUGCAACAGAUAAAUAAUUAGAUUUCAUCCCCACUACAGUCUUAUUUUGGAAGCAUGAUGUGCUUGCUGGCCUGUUUUGGAAAUCUUUACUACACAACUACUUUCUGUUUCAGUUUUAAUCAGGCCAAUUCAAACCUUUUUGCAUAUGGAUGCGAUGAUUUCCUCUCCUGCACAUUUGCACAAGUCUGUAGCUGAUGUUGAGAUGGUUACUUGAGUGCACAUAAACUCAUUUAAUGAAUCAAGCUGAUGUUGGACUCAGGGGAAUUAACACCUAACAGGAGCUCUUUUUUCUAGCUCAUCAUUUUGGUUUUAUGGCUUUCACAUAUACUGUAUGGUUUGUUCUGUGCUGAUUAUCAGCUUUGUGCUGCAGCAAAGCUCUGAUGAAGCCACUAUAUCCUGUCCAUGCAAAACUACAAAUGAAGACGAAGUUCGCGAAGAAGUGCCUCACAUCUAUCAGAGGAAUUAAACGGAGCAUAUAUUUUGGACACAAUUGCUGUAAUACGUUGAUACAGCUAUAUAUGGUCAGUAGAGUGGAUUUCUCAGCUUUUUGUGCGGUUGUGCUUUUGGGUUAUGUUUCUCAUCUAGUAAUUGUGUUAAAAAAAAAAUAUUGUUUUUGUUAUUCAUAUGACUUGAUAAUUAGGUACUAUUUAACAGCAACUGUUGCCUCAUCUGAAUUGUGGACCUCUUGUGUGUCUUUAAAAAAAUAACAAUUCAUCAAGAAAUACAUUAAAUAUUUGCAUUAAAAAACUAAUUUUUUUUUAAGCAAAAUUAGCAAUUCUAUGUCAGCAUUUUAUGUAUUCAUUUUGUUUCUACUCAUCUAAGCAUGUAAUGCUUUAGAGGUACUUUAUAUGGAAUUACUUGAGAGCACAAUGUAGUAAUUACUUUUCAUUUUGGGAUAUGCAUAAGUUAUUCAUAUUUCUUUCUCUUUUUUUGUAAAAUUUGAUUUCUGUACGCACUGGUACAUCUUUUGGAUCGCUUCAUAAUUUUUGCACUGAAUAGACUGAUGGAGUUUAUCAAGUAUUGCGCCAACUUUUGACAUGACACAACAGUUGUUUUACUGAGUCUGCAUUGUACCAGAGUUUGUCUAAUUGUACCAGUGACAUGUUUAAAAAAAAACACUACAUGUGUGUGAUUGUGAAUGGUUAAUUAAACAAGAGCGUGAGAGAGCUUAUGAAUCCUCGAGGCAAAGUCAAACCAGUUUUCUUUCUCACUCUCUGUCUUUAAGUCUGGCUACAUUUUACAAUGUUCACUCUGCCAUACUAAUUAGUUCUUAACAAAGUGAAUGUAAAGAAGAUCAUUUGUGAUCCAGGCUACUGUUGCCAAUAUAAACCUAUUUCUUAUGAAACCAUGUUUUUUUUUCCUUCUCUGUCACUGUUCAAAUACUGUUUCUGUAUGCUCUGUGUUGCCCUAACAACCUGGCACAGCCACCAGUGCUCAAUUAGUCAUGGACUUAAAGAAAAAAACAAGAUUUUUCAAAUGAGCAAACGCACAACAUUAACAUGUUUCGAUAGAGAACUUUUAGAGGGAAGAGCAUAUUCAAAGCUGCAAGUGAACCGAGCUCAUACUGCAAUGUGUAAGUUGAGAUUCCCAGCUGUGCUGUCCAUAAAUACACCAUAAAGCGUUCGAUUACUCGCUCCCUUGCACUGCAGUUGUGGUCGGAGCUGAUAGGCUGCGUAGCAUUCUGGUCACAGUUGGGAGUCUUACAAGCUACAUCCUGCACAAGACCAGCAUUGCUCCCUGCUGGGAUUUCACAAAGCAUGGAGGUCAGGAGCAAUAGGAGGCAAGCAUGCAAGACGAAGGGAAAACAAGCAUUUCUUCACAGAGAGUGACACUGAAAGGAAAGAGAAAAUGUGGGUCAGGUUGAUAUGCUUUUACCUCUCUGUUCUAGGAGACUCACAUGACUCAAAAAUUAAAGAAGGAAUGAAAGUUUGGUUUUUACAUUUUAUUCUACUCAGAUUUCAAGCUGGGUGUUGGAAAAUAGGGGUGGGGGGUGGAGAAACUAGACAGAUGUAUUAAUCCUAUAUUAGUGGCAUUUUAGUUCUACAUAUACUUCGAUGUCUCUGCAGGCUUUUAAUAUCCUGCAUACUUGUUUCUAAGAUUACUGCAGUGCAAAGUGUUAUGCUGUGUUUUUCAGAGGCCUGCAACCUGUUACUUUUCCCUCUUUCCCUUUCACCCCCUCCAUCGCCCCCCAAAGUCAGCUGGGAGGGAACUUUUGUUCCAACAUAAUUCCCUGCAGGGUUGCCAAGGUCUUUUAGGUUGGAAUUCUCUUUCUCUAGCCUGUUAAUCCACGGCUCGGUGCAGAAAAUAACAUGGGAAACAACUUUCUCAUAUGGAUUCUUUUGCUUUGCACAUUUCGUUCAGUGUCAGGUGAAGGCUGCUCCCUAAUCCUCAAGCCGUCCAGGGUUGUGGUGGGCUUUGGGGAGUCAGUGUCUGUCAGCUGCGAGGCUGCACGCCCUGUCCGUGUCCUGGGCUGGGAAUCAGCCAUCAGUGCUUCACACACACAAGAGGACCGGUCUGUCCAGUGGAAAGUGGACAGUCUCAUUGAUUGGAUAGAGGAGCCCAUCUGUUAUGGGGUGUUUUUCACAGCUCCGAAACAAUGCGAGGAGAAGCUCAACCUCGUGCUCUACAAAACUCCAGACAGCGUCUCCAUCAGACAGGUGAACCACACCGGCCCCAUGGUGGCAGGGAAAGAGUACCAGCUGCUCUGCGAGGUUCAGAAUAUUGCUCCCGUUCAGUAUCUCAGCCUGAGGUGGUACAGAGGGCAGACUGAGGUUUAUAACCACUCCUUCUCUGAUCUCACCUCUUCCUCACCUGUCCAAGUAUCCUCUAUCCUUGUUAUCACACCAACUAAAGCUGAGAAUGGAGUGCAGUAUAAAUGUGUAGCAGAGCUGGAGCUUGGGCCAGAGGGACCACAGCCACCUCCCACUGUUUCCUCAGAACCUCUCAAUGCUUCUGUUUAUUUUCCCCCGACAUUCCUGAGUCCUGAACCAGAGAUUUUGGAUUCUAUACCGGGUGAUGAGCUCAUAUUAAACUGCACUGCAACAGGAAACCCCACCCCAAUAUACAGUUGGCAAUCCUCCGUUCCCAUGCAGGAGAGGGCGGAGAAUGAAGCAACUGUUACCUCGUCCUCACUGCUCCCAGGGACCUACACCUGCACUGCAUCCAAUACACUGGAAAAGAAAAGCAAGCAGUUCAUUGUCAAGGCAAAGACCAAAGGUGUUUGAAACAACCACUGAUGAGAUGGGAUCAGACAACCACAUCAGAAACACAGCAAGAAGUUUAUCUUUUAUAUAGUUUUUUUUCUGUAUUUUUGGUUUUGGUUUUGGUUUUUUACUUUCACAUUUGCUGCUCUGGCGAUGGAGGUGGAUAUUUAUGAGACGAUCCUGUUAUCAUCUAGAAUUAGUUCACACAGAGAAACAGACCUGAAUAUACUGUGCUUGGUAAUUACCAUUUAAUUUGUCAGUGUUGUUUUAGGAUGUAGUUCACAUUUUAUGAGACAUUCUGUGUCUAAUUUAUAUUUGGAUAGGCCCUUUUUCCUAUUAAUGAAAUUAUCUUGUAACACUACAGAAGUGUAGCUACUCAUCAUAGCAAUAUGACUAGCAGCAGGACAUGGCUGUAAAUAUGAAGUCUUCGUUUUCUCAUCUUUAUCAAUAAAAGUU